AUGAUUGUCGCCACCAUCAUCAUCACUCCGGUGAGCAUCAGGAGAGUCAGCAGCAGCAGCAGCGGCAGCGGCAGCGGCAGCGGCAUCGGCGGCGGCGGGAGCAUCGCAACCGUCGGCACCAGCAGGAGCAGCAUCAUCACGGGCGUAGAUCCUCACGUUUCCGUAGCAGCCGUAGCACUAGCAGGAGGAGGAGGAGCAUCAGUGGUAGUUUCUGCAGCAGCAGGAGCAGCAGUAUCAGCAGCAGCAGCAGCAGCAGGAGCAUCUCACCUCCUCGAUUGGUAUUUGGAGGGGAAUCUGUGCAGCACGGGGCAUUUCAUUCAGUCUUACGGAUCGCAAGACUACACUCCUCCCCCGUUCCUCCUCCAACAACAGCAACAACAGCAGGAGCAGCAGGAGCAGCAGGAGCAGCCCCGACAGCAGCGGCACCAGCAGCAGCAGCAUGAGGAAGAGGAAAUUGAGGCGUGUCGACACGCCGAAGUGGAGAUAGGCGCAAGAGAGAGCAGCAGCAUUGAAGGUAUCUCUGCUCCGUCUUCUUGGCGCAGACAAAUAGAGGAGGAGGCAGCAGAUGCUGCUGCUUGGGUGCAUCUAGCCCCAGCUGUGCACACACCUCAAGGGCGCCGCCCUCCUGUUAUCCCUAUGCUGCAGCGUUUCAUGCCUGCAAAUGGUAAAUUAGAAAAAAGUGCUUUAUCUUUUCUUCUUACCUAUCGCAUUGCUGCACCUCAUGAUGAUACGUCCCCUCUAUGGGCUGUCUUAGCCUCACGCAAACUUACACGAUCUCUUAUGGCGGCCUCCGCUAAACAUAUCGGAGCAGGAGGGACUCCUUCUAGCUCUAGCUGCGUCCCUCUGUGCUGCUCAUCAUCCCCAAGGGACAGAAGCCGUAGCUGUUGCUUGGGGGCACAGCGUGAGCCCCUCAUAAACUGGGGGGCCCCCCCAUCUGCUGUUGCUCUAUUAAGGGGCCUCGAGGCCUUUCACGAUUAUCUGCUGCAGCAACAGCCUUUCCUUCUUCAGGAAUUACCUGCCUGUCUGACGCAGUUGCGCGGCUCUGGAUCGCACCGAUUCAGCCCCCCUGCUGCUGCUGCUGCUGCUGCUGCUGGUGCUGCUGCUGGUGGUGGUGCUGCUGCACCUACAGCUUGGGGGCCCCUGCAUGCAGCUUGCGGACCCCGACCAAUAAGCGAUGAAGAGAGAGGUGCGUAUUUCUUCUGGCUAGAGAAACUUUACGAAUUCAAUUCAGGAAGAGUUUUAUUUGCAACUAAUCAACUUAAUUUCUUUACAAGAGCUCUCUUUAAGCAGACCCACCUCCAAGACCCGACUACUACUGCUGCUACGAGAAGCAGCAGCAACAGCAGCAGCAGCAGCAGUAGCACCAGUGGAAAGCGCGCCUGGGGGGAGGUUCCAAGGGCCCCUCCUUGUAGGCACAACAAUAGAACAGCAACCAAACACUCGUCGCGCCGCAGCAAGAUGAACAGAGACAACAACUGCCGAAUGGAUAACAACAGCAGCAACAGCAGCAGAAGCAACAGCAAGUGCUGCAGCGACACCAGCAGCAACAGCGAAGAUGGCCAUCCCUAUUAUCGGAUGCACCACAAGCACCACGGAGUGAGACUGGAGCACCAUCGUCAUCAACACCACCAGCAUCUCCAGCAGCACCAGCAGGAGCAGAAUCACAGGCAUUUUGCCUCGCAUGUACAGCACCAGCAGGAGCAGCAAUGCAGCCCCUCCCACCAUGCCGACAUUCAUAAGGGAUAUUACCCAAGGAGCAACCAGUCAAUACCACACCAGCAGGGGGAUACCCAUGAUGAUCAGCAACAGAUGCAGCAGCAGCAGCACCUGCAGCAGCAGCACCAGCAGCACCAGCAGGUGGUCCCUAUCUUUCCUCCUACAGGCGAUAGCCAGACGGCGCAACUGGAUAAACAGGUGGAACCAGACAUGCACCCGUGUACACUAGACAGGGGACCUACCGAAAGCAGCAGUAGCAUCAGCAGCAGAAGAAGCAGCAGUGGGGGCUACCAGUAUUCAUCCACACCUGCAUCGCAGCACCAGCGGCUGACGGUGCAACAGCAAGUGCUGCUGCAGCGGCUGCUGCAACAACAGCAGUUAAUGCACCAGCAGCACCAACAACAUCAGGAUCAGCUUCAUCAGCAGCUGCAGCACCAGCAACGGCUGCAGCAGCAGCAGCAUUGCGGCGUCGAAAUAUUCGAUGGCGGGGAAAAAGACGAACUGAUGCAGCUGCUGCAACAGCAACAACAGCAGCAGCAGGAGCAAGACAGCAUCCUACAGGGCCUUCAGCAGCAAAUGCAGAGCCGCCCUCCUGGGCGCCGUAUAUCGGAACAGGAGCACCUGUACCAUUUGCAGCAGCAGCAACAACUGCAGCAGCAGCAGCUGCAGGAGCAAAAGCUGGUGCAGCAGCAGCUGCUGCAAAAGCAGCAUGACAUCGAGCAACAUGGGGGGAACCCAGCGCAGUGGGAAUAG